CUGUCCAGUGGGACGCAUCCCUCUUGUUGCAGGCGGUCGGCUGCCGCCGCGCCCCUGGCUGCUGCUGUGUGCCCAUGUCCUGGACAGACCAAGUGGGUUGCGAGGAGCGCACUGGCUGUGGUCAUCCGACCUCCGGUCUCGGAUCGGCCGCUUCCACCUCCCACACGACACUGCCGGCCGAAAGGAACGCCAUGAACGACGCGCUGCGCACCAACGUGUUCAUCCGGUACAGUCCGGAGACAGUGGCGGCCGCCUGCAUCUACCUGGCGGCGCGCGUCAAGCGCGUGCCGCUGCCCAGCCGGCCGCACUGGUUCCACGUGUUCGGCAUGGACGAGGCCGACCUGCGCGACAUCGCCACCGCCAUCAUGCGCCUGUACGGGCGCUCCAAGCCGAACGCCGACCAGCUGGAGCGGGCCGUGGAGGAGCUGCGCGCGCGCCAGCAGGAGCAGCGGCUCAAGAACAAGCUGUUGUCGGGCACCAACACGCCGCUGGGGACGGGCAACAACUUCAGCCCGCUGGCGUCGCACAACGCCUCGCCGGCUGAGCAGCGGCCGGGCGCCGCCGGCUCCGGCGGCCGCGACACGCCCAACGGCGACGCCAAGCUCAACAAGGAAAACAUCGCCGCCGCCGCCGCCGCCGCGGUCGCCAAACGCACCGACAGUUCAAGAUCGCGUUCGUCGAAUGAAGAUGAUGACCGCCGCAAACUGAAGUCAAAGAACCGCAGGGAGCGCUCCCACCACCGGUCGCGCUCGCGUUCGCCGGUCGAGAAGCGCCGCCGCCACUCGUCCACGCCUGACCGCCACAGGAACAAGCACAAGAAGGACAAGGAGCGCAGCCGCGACAAGCACCGGCGCCGCUCGGCCGAGCGCGAACGCGCGCGCACGCGCUCCCGCUCGCCGGCCCGCUCCAAGUCGAAGCACGAGCGGUCGGAGCGCAUGGCGCCGCUGAGCGGCGGCAAGCGCGAGCGGCGCGCCGGCUCGCAGGAGCGCCACAAACAGGCCAAGAAGCGCGGCUACGAAAACAACCACAAGCGCCGCUGACGGCCGACGGCGGUCGGGGAGCGCGGGCGCCGGGCGGCCCAGGGCGGGGCCGCGGCGUAAACAGUAGUGCACUGGCUUGAGGAGCGGCGUGCAUGCGGGUCUGUGUGUGUGUAUAUACGCGUACUGUACUGUACUGCCGGCUGCAGUGUUGCCAUUGUGAUCCAUUCUGAAGUGUGCCGAGUGUUCAUCGCCGGGCGUAAUUAGGCACCAGUAUUCACGCCCAUCAGUAGCGUGCCUAGAUCAUGUCACAAUCAUCCGAUCAUCCCAGUGUAAGUGUACUUGUGAAGGCGAUCCCGCCAGCGAUAGGCAUUUAUCGUCGAACCAUGUACUUGUCAAAAUGUAUCUCAAUACAUGACCAUGUGUAA